AUGCGGCACUGUAGUGGUCUGCCGCACAAGGCGAAGACGCUGAGGGCGCUGCUGCGCUCGAAAGAGCUGAGCUUCCUGAUGGAGGCGCACAACGGCCUCUCCGCCCGCAUCGUGGAGGAGACAGGCUUUAAGGCGAUUUGGGGCUCCGGACUCUCCAUCUCCGCCCAGAUGGGGCUGCGGGACAACAACGAGGCGAGCUGGACGCAGGUGUGCGACGUGGCCGAGCAGAUGAGCGAUGCGACGGGGAUUCCCAUCCUGCUCGACGCUGACACCGGCUACGGCAACUUUAACAACGCCAGCCUGCUCGUGCGAAAGCUGGAGAAGAUUGGCGUUGCCGGUGCCUGUGUCGAGGACAAGCUUUUCCCCAAGACGAAUAGUCUGCUUGAUGAGCGCGGGGCCCAGCCGCUCGCGGACGUGAAGGAAUUUGCGCUGAAGAUCCGCGCAAUGAAAGACACGCAGACUGAAGAAAACUUCUGCGUCGUGGCCCGCGUCGAGUCCUUCAUCGCGGGCUGGCCGCUUGAGGAGGCGCUUAAGCGGGCCACCGCGUACGCCGAGGCAGGCGCCGACGCCGUGCUCAUUCACAGCAAGAGGAAAGACGCCGCCGAGAUUGACGCCUUCAUGGCCCACUGGGGCAACAAGGCACCGGUGAUCAUCGUGCCCACCUCCUAUGCCAGCGUGCCGUGCGCUCACUUCCGCGACCUCGGGAUCAGCAGCGUCAUCUGGGCGAACCACAACAUGCGGGCGUGCAUCGCCGCCAUGCAGGCCGCUUCGCGAGCGAUACUUGAACAGGAGUCGGUCCUGCUACAGGAGAAGAGCAUUGCGCCGGUAAAGGAGGUCUUCCGGCUGCAGCGCCUCCCUGAGUACCUUAAAGCGGAAGAGGCUUAUCUGCCAAAGCAGUAG